ACAGUAAUACUGCGCGCACCGAGCGCACACAUUCUUCGCGUUCUGCGGCAACCGUCCGCGCACAGAAACUUGCUCUCGAAGCAGAAGCUAUGCGGCGUCAGGUGGAGCGUGAACGCGAGCUUGCGCGUCAGCAAGCGGACCGCGAGCGGCAACAGGCGGAGCUCGAGUUCGAACUCGCGCGUCAGCAAGCCGUACUCGCACGAAAACAAGCCGAGGCAGAGGCACAGCGCGAGCGCGAGCUCGCAGGCCUCGAGUCCGAAGCGGAACAAAUGGAGCUGCAAGCAAGACUCGCCGCUCUGGAAGCUUCAGAUAAGUCUGUCAAUUCACGUAGUUCGUAUUUUUCUGAUCAUAACGCCGAAAGGCGCACUACGACUUGGGUUUCGGAACAAAAUGCUAACAUGACUGUAGCAUCCCAUGAAAACAUACCUGGUGAGGCACCGAUUGUCACCUCGAGCGACGCUCCAGGACUUCUUUUACAGCCGGCCGCCGCCGCCAACUCGGUAUCUUUCAAAGUGCCAACUGUCAACCAAGCAACAUUCUCGAAACCCACUCAAGCCCUUUUAAAAAAUAACUACGGAACCGUGGCACCAAGACCACCAGUACAAUCUGAACAUUGCACAAUAGACCCUAUAACAAAACUUUCUCAGGCUAUAAACGCACUUUCAAACAGACCAAAGAAACCCGAGCUAGUUACAUUCUCAGGUGAUGUCGGUCAAUGGAUGGCCUUUAAAAGUAGUUAUGAGAGAAGUAAAAUCAACUUUUCCCCUUCAGAGAACCUAGAUCGCCUGAACGUCGCCGUCCGCGGACAAGCGUACCAGUCCGUCGCGUCCCUCAUGUGGACCUGCGGCUCGCCCGACGACGUCGUACAGGCGCUCGAGCAGACGUACGCGCGCCCGGAGCUGCUGGUCGCCCGCGAAAUCGCCGACCUACGGAACACGCAAAAGCUAAGUUCUGCUCAGGAUUUAAAUACGUUAGCGAACAAAUUACGAAAUUUUGUUACUACGCUCACAAUACUCAAACAAACGGAGUAUUUAUCCUCCCCGGAGCUUUUUCGGUGCAUCUUGGUAAAAAUGAGUGAGCACACUAGGUCGCGCUUUACAGAUUAUGCAACUGCUCACACGCCAGAGCAACAGAGUAUUACAAAACUUGAAUUAUUGUCACGUUUCCUUUUGAUUGAGGCUGACAAACAAUUAAAAUUUAAUUUUGUUGCUGACAGUACUGUCAAGGCGCCAACGCCACCAGCGUACUCAAACGUAUCACGAAAUAAUGCUCCGAAAUUUCCAUUAAAAAAGGAAACAAUACAUACUACGGUGUCUAACGAGACAACCUCUGAACAUUGUGCGUAUUGUAAACAAGGGUUUCAUAAAAUAAAGACAUGUAAGAGCUUUUUAAAACUAAUUGUAGAAGACAGAUGGCGCUGGGUUCGAGAAACUAAAAUAUGCUAUCGUUGCCUGAAGUCUAACCCACACACGUGGAACAAUUGCCGCGCAAAACGCUGCGGUGUCGACGGAUGCCCUAGACGCCACAACGCGCUUCUCCACGGCACAGGGACAACCGAGACUAACUCCGGCACGGCUCCUAGAGAUCAGGGCAAUAAUCUUCAAACAUCCUCUGAGAAUUCUAUACGCCCUGUCAUCAUAAAUAACACCGAUAACGAUAUUACAUCCGCUAAAAUUGCGAAUACUAUUGACUGCUCCAUUAAUGCAACAGGAUCUUCCCCAUCGACUUCACUUCCACAACGUCCCCGCGGCCUGCUGAAAGUAGUCCCGAUCGUACUCGAGGGCCCUGACGGCGCGUUCGAGACAACAGCGCUACUCGACGAUGGCAGCAUCUCAACGCUCAUCGACGCCGACGUAGCAGCACGCAUCGGAGCGAAGCCGACGAGUCCGGAGCGUCUUCGCAUCGAAGGUGUUAGUAAUAUGUCAACGGAACUCGACGUUCACGCAGCGGACAUCAUAGAAGCGGAGAAGAUGUUGGUUCGGCAAGCCCAGAGAGAGAGUUUCCCAGAGGAAUUGACAAACCUGCGAUCCUCGAAGCCAGUGCCCAAGGACAGUCGGAUUAAGAAACUUGCCCCUAUACUUGAUGAAGAAGGCCUCAUGCGUCAAGACACACGCAUUAUUUCCGCACCAGGAGUGAAUAACGAGACAAAAUCCCCCAUGAUUCUUGACGGCCGCCAUUACAUCUCAAGACUCAUCAUCUUUCACGAACAUGUAAAAGCCUCACAUCAGUUUAAUGAGCUCGUUCUAAAUGAACUUCGACAAAGGUUUUCGAUCCCAAGAGCCAGAGGAACCAUUCGCAGCGUAGCAAGCUCCUGUCUAAAAUGCAAGAGAUGGAACACGAAACCUAUGCAACCUCAGAUUGGUAACUUACCUCUAGAACGCCUAGAUCAUCAUAAAAGACCAUUUACCCACGUCGGCCUUGAUUACUUUGGCCCUAUUCUGGUAACGCUAUACAGACGGAGCGAGAAACGAUACGUUGCCUUAUACACAUGCCUCACAACCAGAGCGCUUCACCUAGAAAUCGUGCACUCACUCACUGCAGAUAGCGCUAUAAUGAGCCUCAGGCGCUUCAUUGCUCGCCGAGGAUCGCCUACCACUAUAUUUUCCGACAACGGGACCAACUUCGUCGGCUCUUCCCGUGAACUACGAUCCCUACAUGACAACUCAAUUGUAGAAUAUGCCACUAAUCACAAAAUCGAUUGGCGUUUCAUCCCACCUGCAUCACCAUUCAUGGGCGGCGCCUGGGAGCGGCUGAUACGCACAAUUAAAGCAGCCCUCAGAUCCUGCCUAACGAAUAGGCCACUGAAAGAAGAAGUCCUUUCUACCCUCCUACUCGAGGCUGAAUCCAUAGCAAACUCAAGACCACUCACGUAUGUCCCGUCUUCCCCAGAUGCACCAGAAGCGAUUACACCAUUUCAUUUCAUUCUGGGCUCCUCUUCGGUCGUACCAUGGACCACGUCGCUGACAGACGCAGACCUUUCCCGACGCUGUGACUGGCGGAGAACCCUGCGCCUAGCAGACCAUUUUUGGGCACGAUGGCUACGCGAGUACCUACCAACACUUCGGCAGAGAGGGCCCAACAACAACAACCUUUUAAACCUUGGCGAGGGUGAUGUGGUGUUGAUCGCCGACCCUACGCUUCCUCGUGGUUUGUGGCCGCUAGGAAGAGUAGCAAAAGUUUACCUAGGACCUGACGGAGCGGUCCGCGUGGCAGACGUCCACACAAAAGGAGGCGUGCUGCGCAGACCGGCCCGGAAGCUGAUUUUGAUGGAGGCCGCGACCCAGCCAGUGACCACCAGUGGUUAGUGUUCCACUGGGGGUCCGGUAUGUUGGCGACUGGCUGGUGCGCGACCUCCUUCAUAGUUUAAAAUUAUGUCACUUUCAAAAACUGUCCUCAUGUUAUGAAAUAUAAUCAAUCAGAGUUCAGUCUGCCUUCUGUCACGAAACUAAGCUUGUGUUUGUUUACCAAUAAUUAAAAUUAGUGCAUUUAUUACAUGUUUUCAUCAUUUCACGUCAAUAAUAACAGUCCACAACCCCGCUAG